AUGCCCCCAGCAAAGCCAGACUCCAGUAUACUGAAUCCCAUUUUCGACAAUACGCAAGUACCGCAUCAAGCGCUGCUAGUAGUCAGGGAUCCGGUGUCGUUUUCCGGGCGGCCUGUUUUUAGAGAGAUCAUCCGGCGGGCUCUGGCCAGAGGUGAGACGAUCACUGUCAUUGGCAUCCUGAAUCCACCAGAGGACUACUUGCCGCUUCAUGCUUCUGGGGUCAACAAGCUGGACUUGACGGGAUCUGUCCCAGGAUAUUCCUCGACUAGCACUGCAUCUGAUAUCAAAAAACAAAUUCUUUCGACAUACCAAAGUGGACAAAUCUUUAUUGAUGCUUUGGACGUCCUCGCCGAAGACUACUCUGCUGCAAGUGUUGUCAGUCUCUUGAGGUCUUUGUUGGAAACGAUAAAAUUACUCAAAGCCCCAUCCAGACUCGUCCUCCUCCUUCCCAGUUUGUCUGUCCUGUCCCACAUCACCCCACCCACCUUCCACCCCACUCUCACCCUCUUGACGCCCCAUCCCCCUCCUCUCUUGACAUACCUCUCCAAACUCUACCUCUCUCCCAUAUCGUCAUCGCCCUCAGCAAAUUACUGGAUGAUCUUGGAGAAUGCUACGAAGCGGGAGACUGGGAAGGAGCUGGCUUUGAGGGGAGAAGAGGGGCUUGAAGUGAGCACGGGAAGCAGCUGGGGUGUUGGAUCUGGAUGCGUUCAAGUACUCGUGAGGAAGGCUACGGGCGGGAUGAAAGGCAUCUCCCGAUCCCUCGAAGCUCUUUCGCCCACAUCCUCCCAAUCCCUCUCAACCGUACCCCUCUCUUCACUCGUCCCCUUGAACCCUCUUCGCCACUCUUCAACUGGCCCUCCACCUACUGCCAAUAAUCCAUCGACAUCUACGGCGCAAACACAUGCGGAGCUGGAUCUGCCGUUCAACCUCAGCUUGACAGAUUCGCAGAGACGGCAGAGGGAUAGUGUGCCUAUACCUUAUGCGCAUGAAGGCGAGGGAGCGAGUGGCGACUUGGUGUGGGGAGAUGAGGAAGAGACGGACGACGAGGAGAUAUGA